AUGAAUGUUGGUGAAGGGAAGCAGCACGGUGAAAUGUCUCUGGACCAAGGUGUGAUCGAGAUGAAGGUCGUGGUUUCUGACGCUGGGAACGAUCUGCCCGAGGUUGAAGCCAUCUCUUUUGACGGGAACUACAACUGCCUGCCAAGUAAGCAAUCCGAGACAAUCAAAAAAGGGGGCGAAGGAAGUGUCGGUGCCAGUUAUGGUGCAGAACUCAGCGCCUCGGCCAAGUGGGAAAAGACCGUCGCUAGAGAGACGACGGACGCGACGACCGUCAGUGGCGGCAAACUCAUCGUCAAGAAUGUGCCGCCAAACCGCAUCGCUAAAUGGACUCUGCUGGAGAACAAGACGCUUAAAACCGGGGUUCCGGCGUCUAUACGGGUUGCUGUGAGGAUCAAGAGGAGGGAUGAGGCCGUCUUCGCCUGCGUUCCGAGAUUAGAGUGUAGAGCCGACAAGUGGACGUCUCUGGAAACUUUCUUUGAGGGAGUUCCUGAGGACGAUCCAGUCUACCUGAACCCGAGCUUGAAGUCUACGAACAAGCUAAUGGCUUACGAUACUGAGGAGUUGGGAAGCGUUGCCAUGCAAAAGCUCAGUGAUGUCACUUUUACGACGAUGAUAUUAGAUGCGCAGAAGUAG